AUCAUUAUCAUGAUUAUCAAUCACAACCUAUCGUCUCGAAUCACCAUCGUCAUCACCGCUAUCAACAUUCUCCCUUGUCAUUAUCUCAACAUUGAUUUCGCAGUACAAUGGAUUUCGCUGCUUAAUUUUAACAGGUGAAUCGAGGAAGGGCUCGAUACUUGUCGUUGUGCACGUGAUCGAUUGUGAAGUGUCUGAUUGGGCGAUUUGCGAUAAUCUUUUGACUUAUUCUGACGAGACAGUCCCUUUAUAGGUCUCUGCUUCACCUUUUGCAAUGUAGGUAUAGCCUCGACAGCGCUACAUCUAUUUAGACACGCUUCGCUUAAGGUAAUUGUAAAGUCACUUUUAUUUUUAAAGACAAAGAACGACUGGGAAACCAAAGAUCUGGCUUUUGUUUUAAAGUAUUGUAACACGUGCUGGUGUUGUUCGAUCACUGAGAAAGGAGAAGGGCCUACUUGUGUCUACCUCAAAUGUGAUGGGAUCAAAGGGCGUGAAGCUGUAUUGCUUAGAUUGUAAAUGCAAAGAGAAAAGCAAAUGUUAGUGUAUGCUGCGAGUCGGUCAUUGUUAUUCGUUUACGCAACAAAUUAAACUCUGAAAGCAGAACUUAAACGAAGGAUGAGAAAUUCAAAGACCGAGUCACACGAGUCCUAAUAAUAAACGUGGGAAUCGAAGUAAUACAGAGAAGUAAACUUGGUUAUUGGUUGAUGAGAAUUAACAUAUGUGGUGAAGCAAAUAUAAAAUGGAAUACAAGUCGCGUGCAACACAGUGUGAUGAUGAAAUAUAUGGGAAGUUAAAGUUGUAUUUCGAUAGCUUCUCAGAAAAUAAUGCCUUUCUAGGAGAAGAUGAAGCCGAAGAUACGCACCGUGCUAUGCUGUUGAAGCAUGUAUCGCUUAUUGAAGAAUUCGAGCGAGAAAAGGAGGAAAUGAAAGCGAAAUUCAACAGAGAGAAGGAAUCGCUCAAGCGAGCAUAUGAGAACGAAAUCAAGGACUACCGGGCGGAGAUUGAUAAACUGACCAAAAUAAUGGAUUGUAAGAUGAACGAUAUUGAGGCAAAAUGCAAGGAGCAAUAUAGCACUAGAGAAACAUCGCAGCGAGAAAUUUUCGAAAGGGAGCGCCAGACUCUUAAACAGUCUGUACAAGAACAGAUGGACCUUAUGGCUCGAGUAGAGGAGGAACUGCGAAGAAUUUUAACACGCCUAAUCAAGGAGUUGAAGAGAUACGAACCAUCAGCAUGUAAAAAAUUAGAAAAUGAUUUGUGUGAGAAUACUAUCAAAGAAUCUUGUGCUACUUGGUUAAAAGAGAUUUUUGCUGAAAACGGAAUACCAAAAAUUAAAUUGGAAAAGGUUGGCACCUUGUUUACCUCGAGAGGUACCUCUGAGGGUAAGAACAGGGUCAAAAGUAAACAAGAUGCAGGGGAAGAUGAACUUUACCAAGUGGGAGAGGUUUUUAGGCAGCAGAAAAAAGAAUUAACUGAAAUAUUUAUGAAAGAAAAAAAACAUCUGGAAGAAGAGAUUAAAAAUAAUUGCUUAGAGUACAAGAAAAAGCUAGAUCGAGAAUACGAAGAAAGAAUUAAGAGUGAAGUUGACGUUUGGCAAGAAACGAUAAAAGAAUACGAGCGAGAAAUUGAUAUUCUAAGGUAUGAAAGAGAACGAAUGGACCGGAAUUAUUGCGUGGAAAUCGAUCGGCUGAAGCUUGAGACUGAAAAGGAGAAAGUGGAAAUUCGUUCCAAGUAUAUGAAGGAAAGAGAAUUGUUAAGAAAAUCUUUGUCUGAUACUGUUAUGAAUAAAAUGAUUCGAGAAACUGGCCUAAACCACGUGGCAAACCAAAUCAGUAAAUAACACAUUAUUGCAGGUACCUGUAAAUCAACAAUGUCUUGAAGAACUAGAGGUCAGCAACGCCAGAAAAGAUGCUUGAGGGAGCAAAAAGUGGUGAAUGGUUGUAGCAUGAGUGGCGUUAUUGGCAAACUCCUUCAAAAGAAAGCUUUUGGUCUCAUUAAUUAAAUGUUGAAUUGUUAUACUUUGUUUAUUUGUCUUGUUUGUGUUUAUUUGUGAUUUCCCAUCGUCUGGGUACAUGUUGAAUUAACGACUCUGUUUUAAGACGUUGAAAGUGGAAAAUUUCUAAACUUAAUCGUCAAUGGCAAAAUAAACUUGUUCUAAAAGUCCUGAACACACCGACAGAUUCCAAAAAAGUUGUUAACCUCCCUCCAGACAAAAACAUCCCAGAAGGCAAACCUUCCUCACAAAACAAUAGAAAAUGGGCGUGGCUUGGGUGUAUCCUUGGAGCUUCUAUUGUUUUUCGUGGACCUUCCUCCGGUCAGUGGCUGUGCGACCGUAAUGUUUUCCUGACUCUGCACACCGAUACAACUAUCUUUAUCAUGUCAUAGAAAAACAGAAUUGCGUGGGAAAACAAGGUACAAUUUUGCUCUGGUAUAUCUCAAAGGAUGCAUGAACGAAAAAUGCGAUAUCUAAUCCUAGAAAAAAGAAAAAUAAAUAUUAUUGCAGUGAUGGAAUUACCAUUGUUUAUUCACGAGUUUUACUUUGUCAUAUUUAUUCAAGCCCCCACUUUAUUGAAGUUCACUUUCUGCACCACUGUACCAUUAAACCUGUAAUCUGUGUUUUGCUCGUUCGAUGUUUAAGGAUAUUGCCGAAAACUCCCUAUAGUAAAUUAUUAUGCAUGAAAUGUAACUAUUCAUUCAUGUCAUUUAAUGAACGCCUUCGAAUGUAAAUAAAAAUUGAAAAUUUUCUUUAGAAAUUAUUAGAAUGUCCGUAGUGGAAUUGUAGUUGUAAUUGAAACAUUAUAAAAGAGUGUAUACUUCUCGAAA